AUGAAAGUCUGCAGCUUUACAUCCGGUGCUGUUGUCGGUCUCCAGCUGGUUUGACGCAGCUCGGAGGAGUCACAGCUCCGCUCCAGCUGUUCUCACCGCUGCUUUGCCCCGCUGGCUCUGCUCCGAUGCUGCCUGCCUUCGUUUCAAAUGUCACGGCGACCAUGACAGGCAUCGCGGCUGUUUCCUUCUUCUCCAACGCUUGCAGGUUCGCCGGCUGCGGGCUUCACUUUGACUCCCUGACCGAGCUCAUCGUGCACAUCGAGGAUAGCCACAUCGAAACAGACCCCUGUUUUUUGGAGAAGCAGGAACAGCAGCAGCCGACAUAUAUUGCUCUCAGCUACAUCAAUAGGUUCAUGACAGACGCUGCGAGGCGAGAACACGAGGCCCUGAAAAAGAAGGUGCAGCCUAAGCUCUCUCUGACGGCCACGUUGUCACGCACCAACGUCUCCACACCACCUCGUCACACCAGUGGAAACCUUACGCCUCCCGUCACUCCACCGAUCACCCCUUCCUCUUCCUUCCGCAGCAGUACACCAACAGGUAGUGAGUGUGACGAUGAGGAUGUAGAGUUCGAGGCGUCUGACAGUGACGAGUCGUGGACCACAGAGAGCGCCAUCAGCUCUGAGUCUAUCUUAAGCUCCAUGUGCAUGAACGGAGGAGAUGAGAAGCCUUUCGCCUGUCCUGUUCCCGGCUGUAAGAAAAGAUACAAGAAUGUGAACGGCAUCAAGUAUCAUGCCAAGAACGGACACCGGACCCAGAUCAGGGUGCGCAAACCUUUUAAAUGCCGCUGUGGGAAGAGCUACAAGACAUCUCAGGGUCUCCGGCACCACACCAUCAACUUUCAUCCACCCAUCUCUACUGACAGCUUCCGUAAGAAGCAGCAGUAGAGGUGGAGUCGACGACCAGCACUUUCCCUCAGGCCAUAUAAACAUCCAUCUAAAGUUCACCAGCAGCGCCGCUCGCUGCCGCCAGUUUCAUUUUCCCUUUAUUUCACUUUGCUAUAACACUAGACUAUGUUUUAUUUGCACAGUAUGUAUGUAUUAUUCAACCUUAAGUCAACCAAAUUGCCAUAUUUAUGCCGUUCACAUUUUGUAUUUUUGCACAUUUCAGAUAUUUUUUGUCCCACCUUUAUUCCCUUGACUUUAUGGUGCUUAUUGUUGAUAAUGUAGACUUGAGAAGUAGCCAGGAGAUGAUUAGUUUUACAAAAGCAUUGUCCUUUAAAUGCUGAAUACAUGGACAGAUUCCUGUGUUUUCUGUUGAAAGGAAACACCAGUACUCACUCUGUCAGAGCCUUUGAGCUUGAAAUGGGAAAGAGACAAAUGAAGAAACUGAAUGUAGCCUGACUGGGAAUAAUGAGUCGUUUGUCUUAAA